UGCUCUAUGUCUGUCUUUCUUUUUUACAAAUACUAGACAGUCUGUUUCUGAAAUUCUUAAAUAAGUUGUGAAGUGAUGUCAAUAUUUUUAAUAACUUUAAUUUUGUAGUAAAGAUAAAUAGGUUGCUUAGUAGUGAACAUCGUUUUUAAUAAUUAUUACUGAUAUGUGAGUGAGCUUUGUAUCACGUUUCUCAGUACGUGGUUGUCACAAAAUGGCUGCCGUAAAGAAAACGACGUACAACUUUGAGAAAAUAUGUCGCGUUUGCUUACAAGUAAAAAGGGAAAUGAGACCCUUGUUCGAACAGCUGACUGCGACAAUGCUGAUGGAGAUAUCAAAAGUGCAGGUUGCGGUAGGAGAUGGAUUACCAGCACAGCUGUGUCUGCAGUGCGUGCAGCAGAUCUCCAGGAAUAACGCCUUCAAGGGUAUGGUGGAGAGGAAUGACAUCGUGCUGCGUGAACAGAAGGCCAGGGAUGACGAUCUUCUCAAAAGCAUACAUGCAGACGGAACAAUAUCCAUACAAUGUUCUGAGACGGGAACAUUUCUGAAGUUCGAUGACACGGGACUCAGCAGUAAUCAAAUAUUAGAGGGAUUCUUUACAGUACCACUACAAACUAAUCAGGAAAUUAAUAAAAAUGACUUUGAAAUGGAAAAGAUACAGCCAGAAACAAAAGCUGAACAGAAAGACGAAAAUGAAGCCCUGAAUUCAGACGAGGAGAACUAUUUACAAAUGGUUGUAUUCCAAAGUAAUAAUCUGGUAGGGCCCGGCAGACACAUGUGUAAUCUGUGCCACAAGGAGUUCAAACAUGCGAGGUGGCUAAAGUUACACAUGAGAUCCCAUUCUAACUGGAUUAAGGCGAAUUGCAAGAAACCACCCAUGUGCCCCAUUUGUGAUCGAACUUUUAAGGGCCAAGGUAUGCUCAAGAUGCAUAUGAGAACACACGAAGACCGCCCUCCCAAGCAGCCAACUUGUUCCGUCUGCCAACGAACUUUCCCAACAAAGACGCUGUUGUACCGCCAUAGACAAACACAUUUCGAACAGAAGUCCCAUCAGUGCACCGUAUGCGAGAAACGGUUCUUUAGCGCGUACGCAUUAAGGUCGCAUAUGGCGCGGCACAGAGGAGAGAGGCCGUACGUGUGUGCCGUAUGCUCUAAGACCUUCUAUAACCCGACUGAUUUAAAGGUCCAUUUCCGCAUGCACACGGGAGAAAAGCCACUCAAAUGUUCGGAAUGCAACAAGGCGUUUAGGCGCCACUCCACACUUUGCCAGCACAUGAAGAAACACCGCGGUAUCAGGAACCACGUGUGCAAUAUUUGCAACAAAGCCUUCUACGAGGUGUCCAAACUUAACGCGCACAUGAGAGUCCAUACAGGGGAAAAACCCUUCGAAUGCCAGUUCUGUACCAGAAAGUUCACGCAACUAUCGGCGCUGAUCUAUCACCGAAGAACGCACACGGGCGAGAAGCCUUACUGUUGCAAGGUGUGCCCGGCCAAGUUUACGACGUCGUCGGCAAGGAACAACCACCUGUUGACUCAUACUGGACUGAAGAAGUUCGUGUGUCCCGUGUGCCUGAAGGGCUGCUCAAGCCGGACAGAGCUGAGGGUCCACUCCAGCAAGCACACGGGUGAGAAGCUGUUCGGAUGCGAGACGUGCUCGCAGCGGUUCAGCUCAGCAUCAUACCUGGCCGUCCACCGCCGCUCUCAUAACACCGAAAUCAAAUACCACUGCAACAUCUGCGAUAAAGGUUUUACGGAUUCCAAUGCGUACAAGAAACACUUAAAAACUCACACGAAAGACAAAGGAACAGAUAACUCGACGGAGGUGACGCAGGAAGUGAAAAUAAACAUGGAUAAGGAAGUACCGGAGAUCGAGCAGGUGGAUGAACAGGAGGACACGCAGACCCAGGUCACAGAAGCGCAGGGCGAAAGUGCACAGAAGCGUUACAGAUGUGGCCUCUGUGUAAAGAGUUACACAUAUUUACACAGUCUGAAGCGGCAUAUGCUGACUCAUGUGCAGAUGUGUGUGUAUAACACAGAUGUCUCCGAGAAAAUGUACGCGUUUAAGCAGCAACAGCAAGUGCAACAAGAACAACAGCAAGUGGCGCAGCUUCAGCCGCAGCAGUUGCAGCAGGUGUUGCAGGUGGGCAGCGUGCAGCAGCUCGCGGUGCCGCUUCAGCACGUGCAGCAGGGCCUCGCGGUCUCCGGCGUGCAGACGGUACAACAGCCGUAUCCUGUUAUGUCGACAGUACAAUCGCUGCAGCUGCAACAGACGCAACAACAUAAUAAUGGGCAACAACCGCAGCCGCUACAAGUACAGACCAUACAGAUACACCCGCAUCACCAGCCAAUACAGAUACACACCGUAGGAGUGCAGCAAGUGCAGCAAGAACAACUGCACGUGGCGACCUCGAGCUGUCAAACAAUGCUGCCAAAUAUACUGCAGCUCCAGCCGGGCACUGUGGUGUCAGGUCUCGGGCAGCAGGAUCUCAGUGGUGUCGCUCACCGGAUCAUCCUGCAACAACAACCUGGACAUCCCUCGCACCCCGCGGUCUACACCAUACACCACUGAACCUCAUUAUGCCGCUGCUAAUGCUUAGUUGGAACGGAGAACUAAGUUCAGUGUUAAAAAAAGAAAUAUUCAUAGAGUUAGCAACCUAAUAAUAAAAUAAGAUGUCUUAUUGAUUUUGAAAAAUAGGUUCUUUUCCACGAAAUAGUCUAUUACGCACCGAGGGAGAAAAGUAGGUCCAAUCUCACCCGCGGAAUAUCGGCUCGGAUGACAAUUGUGGGUGACAAUCCUACUUUUCUCACGUGGUGCGUAUACGAUUUUUUUCCCACUUAGAUAAAAAGCUCGCUUUAAGUCCCUGGUACUAGGGACGAAAGUCGUCUUGCCGGGAGAGAAUCGGUCACUUUUGUCCCUCGUACCAGGGACAAAAAGACAGCUUUUCAUAGAGGUGGGAAAAAAAACAUAUUUUAUGAUUGCCUGCUUCAUUCGAUCAAGCCAUUGCAAUGUUGACAAAAGUAUUUAUUUCUGUAAUAGAUUUGUUUAUUGUUUCGAAUUAUAAAAUGAAAUUGUAUUCAUACAUUUUAAAUGUGGAAUACAAUAAACGGCGAAACGAAAGCUUUAAAAUUUUUUCAACAAUAUCACUAACGAUAAUAAUAUAUAAAUUAAUUUUCGAUCAAUAUCAACUUAAAGAAAAAACACUUGUUAAUUUUCUGCCAUUGCGUUGGUAUCGAUUGAACUAACCACGCGAUAGCAGUACUUUUGAUAGUGCUCGAUUGUGCGAAGCGUUGCUAUAGUUGGAAAAUUCCACGUUGAGCAUUAUACCAUUUACGCUUUAAGGCUGUUGUUGGAAAACUACAAUAAUUAACAACUAUUAUAAUAUAUACCUACAACACAAUAAUGAACAUUAUACCAGAUUAAUAAUCGCUAUUUUGUACUUUAAUGAACGUUAUAACUACGCAAUAAUAAUAAUUAAUGUCCACACCACAUUAAUACAUUUUAUAUAUUACAAUAAUGAGCAUUAUACCACACUAAUGAUCGCUAUUUUAUACAAUAACGAGUGUUUUACUACGCAAUAGUAAAUGUCACACCACAUUAAUAAACUUUAUACCAUACAAUAAUGAACAUUAUACUAGACUGAUGAUCGCUAUUUAUACUAUAAUGAACGUUAUAGUAACAACCAUAAACUUAAUAUACUACCGUAUUAGAGAAACACUCUUCUCAUUAUGGCGAGACUUAAUUUAAAUUGUUAACUUGUGCUAGUUUUACAGAUAUGUACGUGAGUAAGUGAAGUGUAUAGUAUUUUGCUUUUGGUCAAUCCCUAUGACAAAUAUUGAUCAACGGCGUCAUAUUCACGUAUAACGCAAUAACGAAUGUCAAACCACACUACUUAAUUCUAUACAAUACAAUAAUGAACAUUAUACCAGGUUAAUGAUCGCUAUUUUGUACUAUAAUGAGCGUUAUAACUAAGCAAUAAUGUCACAGCACAUUAAUACAUUUUAUACAAUACAUUAAUGAACAUUAUACCACACUAAUGAUCGCUAUUUUAUACUAUAAUGAGCUUUAUACUACGCAAUAAUAAAUGUCACACCACACUAGUUAUUUUAUACAAUACAUUAAUAAAUAUUACAUCUUAUUAUUAUGAACGUUACACCAGGGAUGGAAAAUCUUUUAUGUACAUAUUCAAUGACUUUAGACGACCUGUAUAGCCGAGUGGUUAGCAAUCCUACCUACUAAGCUAGAGGUCCUGGGUUCGAUUCCCGGUAGGUGCAAUCAUUUAUAUGAUGAAUAUGGAUGUUUGUUUCCGAGUCAUGGAUGUUUAAAUGAAUUUGUGUAUGUUUAUAUGAAUUUAUGUAUGUUUAAGUAAGUAUAUUGUAUUAAAUAUAUCAUUGUCUUGUAACCCAUAACACAGGCUAUAUAUGCUUAACUUGGGGCAAGAUAAUUUGUGUAAAAAGUGUGUCAAUAAAUAAAAAAAAUGUGCUUUAAUUUCAUGAAAGAAAUUUUUGUGGUAAUAACGUGUUAUCAUUAUUUUGUGGCUACCUGGUUCAAUAUAUAACUAGACACUACUGUAUCCAAGGUUUGAUUACUGAAUUUUAGCUACAAAAAAUGAAAUGCAAUUGUGAUCGUGUUUUCUAUUUUGGCGUUCUAGAAUAAUCUUAUGACCAUGGAUAUGAAUGUAAUUUAAAUAUAUUACUAGUGGACUGUAUCAACGCACAUAUGAAUUUUAUACAUAUACAAUAGUAAUGAUUUUAUUACACAAUAUUUAAGGUUAUAACUACACCGUAAUGGCCUUUAUGCAAUUUUUGCAGGUUUGCGCAACAGUGAUCGCUGUAUAAUAAUACAUUUUUUUAUACAAUUUACACCUACAACAAUUAUGACCUACAUUCGUAAUAUUAAAAGUUAUACAACGUAGCAUUUUAUAAGUCAUGCCAUUUUAUAGGUUAGGUAUACAACACAAUUUAUAAGUUAUAUAUAUACAUAUAGGUAUACUAGCUGACCCAGCAAACGUUGUAUUGCCAAUAUUAAAAUCGCGAUACAAAAGUAACUGUUGAUCGUAGAUGGGUGAAAAUUUGAAGUUGUAUGUACUUUUUACUCCUUACUCAUAAAACAAAUUUAAAAAAAAAUUUCGUGUGGACCACCCUUAACAUUUAGGGGGAUGAAUUCCGAUUCUCAGACCUACCCAAUAUGCACUCAAAAUUUCAUGAGAAUCGGUCAAGCCGUUUCGAAGGAGUUCAAUGUUUAACAACAUGACGCGAGAAUUUGAUAUAUUAGAUUAUUAAAAUCUUAGAUUAAUAAAGGAUUGGUCUCUGUUGCGCUCUAAAUAGAACUGCACUACCUAAGAACAAUAGCCUUUUUAUUACGGCAACUAUUAGAUGCUCGUGUGCGUGGCAUCUUGACACUCCAUGUCAUCUUUCAAAUUUUGUAACAUACGCUUCGUGUUAUAUUACAUUGAAAUUAAUAAAAUACAAAAUACUUACUGAUGAUAUGUGAUCUCAGUGUUUUUCUUAUAGGUAGUAUUAUUUUUACAAAGUAUAGCUACGCCACCCGGCAUUUUAAUUUCAAUUAUUAGUAAAGAUUAACAGAACAUGUGGCACGUCAACGUCACCCAUUGUUCGAGACUGGCCCGAGUACGCCCGCUGGAGCGUAGUAUUCGUUGCCGCAUUUUGCGACUACGUCUGUAUUAUCUAGUUGGAGCGCAGCGGCGACCAAUCCUUAAUCUAAGAUUUCAGUGUUAAAUCUGAAUAACGUAUCUAAGGUGACCAUUUUUUUUGAGUCUUAUACGUCGUCUUAAAGUCGUAUUUUUAAAACGGUCUUUUAAUUGUUUUGGUUUUCAGAUUUCAACGAAUAAUAAUUUAAUCUACAGUAUUUUAAAGAAAAUCUAAUCGAUUCCAUACAUGAACUCCUUCUCCUAUAUUAACCUUCCAAUUUCAUAUAUCUUGUUUUAUUCUAGUACAAAUUCUUGAAUUUGUCAAUAAUAUUUCAUAACAUCAAGAAUUAUUUCGUAAAAUAUGCUCCCCGUUGUUAUAAUGAAAUUGUUUCACAGCAGAACUGUCAAACCGUAAAUUCUCUCCAUAUAUUAUGUCCAUGCAAAACAAAUGUUGGAAAUAAAAAUAAUUAAGGGUGUAAAUAAAAACUAUCCUAUCUCUCAAGUUGGACUAAACUGCACUCCACACAAACUAAUCUCCAUUAUAAUCCGCGAUGCCUAUCUUAUAAUUAUAUUAUAAGAUAGGCAUCGCGGAUAUUCUUGAAGCUGACUGUACAUAGAUGAUAAGCUUUAUUGCUUACAUAUAUUGUGAUAUUUAUUUUAUUGUUAAUAUAACUAGGUGUAGCUUUAUAUAAAAGAUUCGAUAGUACUUAAACUGAUAGAAAGCUGGUUUUAUUUAUAAAAUAUUAUUUAAUUUUAACACCGGAUUGUAUUCAUUGUUGUCAUAAUAAAGUUUUUUAGAUUAUUA